AUGUUCUUUCGAUCAGUGAUCCCUGUGCUUUUGUCUAUCGGCGCGGCCGCGGUGGCGCAAGAGUAUACGGAUAGCCCCAUCGCCGAAGAGACGACACGACUGACGACGGACGCCGGCUCGGAAGCCAGGAAACCGAUCGAGAGGUCUCCGUUCAGCGUGGCCGGAGUCACCUUCGACUAUGUCACGACGACCGUCGACGAAUCGGCGACGAGCGCGGCUUCGCCCCAAUCGGAUAGACCGACGCGCACGACGGAAAGAGUGCCCGCAACAAAACCGUCGUUCGUCAAACCGAAACCGAAGUUGGCUUCGAAGCUGCAUUACUUCGGCAAAGAGAGCGCUUUCGGCGGCUUCGCGAGGAAUGCGGUGGAGCGCGCGGCCAAGAGGAGGUUCAAGAGUCGAUGCCGGUGCGAGAAGAUCUGGAAUUGCCCCAAACUGCAGAUAACGGUCCCGCGCUGUCCCGACGAGUACUUCUUGUGCUGCUUCUGA